UUCCCCCCGAGACAGCGGCGGCCAAGGAGGGGAAGCUGUCCGGUCCCAGGUCGCAGUGGCCCCGGGGGUGGUGCGCUCCCGGUGGGCUCGCCUCAUCCUGCCCCGGCCGCUAUGCAUCCGCGGCGCCCGGAUGGAUUCGAUGGCUUGGGCUACCGGGGUGGUGCCCGGGACGACCAAGGCUUCGGCGGCGCUUUCCCUGCAAGGUCCUUCAGCUCCGGGUCGGACCUGGGCCACUGGGUGACGACUCCGCCAGACAUCCCGGGCAGCCGCAACCUGCACUGGGGCGAGAAGAGCCCGCCCUACGGCGUGCCUUCCACCUCCACCCCGUACGAGGGUCCCGCGGAGGAGCCCUUUCCCAGCGAUAGCGGCGGCGGCGGCGGAGGCGGCGGUGGUGUGCAGGGGCAGAGCAGUGAACAGUUGAAUAGAUUUGCUGGAUUUGGUAUUGGACUUGCAAGUCUCUUUACAGAAAAUGUACUGGCCCAUCCUUGCAUUGUUUUACGCCGCCAAUGUCAGGUUAAUUACCAUGCUCGGCAUUACCAUCUCACUCCAUUUACAGUCAUCAAUAUUAUGUACAGUUUCAACAAAACGCAGGGACCAAGAGCCCUGUGGAAAGGAAUGGGAAGUACAUUUAUUGUCCAGGGAGUCACACUUGGAGCAGAAGGCAUAAUUAGUGAAUUCACAUCUUUGCCAAGGGAGAUUUCACACAAGUGGAAUCCUAAACAAAUAGGAGAACACCUUCUACUGAAAUCCCUAACUUAUGUGGUAGCAAUGCCAUUUUAUUCAGCAAGUCUAAUUGAAACUGUACAGAGUGAGAUAAUUCGAGAUAAUACUGGCAUUUUGGAAUGUGUUAGAGAAGGAAUUGGAAGAGUGAUAGGCAUGGGAGUGCCUCAUAGCAAACGACUUCUUCCGCUUCUUUCCUUGGUCUUCCCUACGGUGCUGCAUGGAGUUCUUCAUUACAUCAUCAGCUCAGUCAUUCAGAAGUUUGUCCUACUAAUUCUAAAGAGAAAGACUUAUAAUAGCCACCUAGCUGAGAGCACUAGUCCUAUGCAGAGUAUGUUGGAUGCUUAUUUUCCAGAACUUAUUGCUAACUUUGCUGCCAGUCUUUGCUCUGACGUUAUACUUUACCCAUUGGAAACAGUUUUGCACCGCCUUCACAUUCAAGGAACACGCACAAUCAUUGACAAUACAGACCUUGGCUAUGAAGUGCUUCCAAUUAAUACACAGUAUGAGGGAAUGAGAGACUGUAUAAAUACCAUAAAGCAAGAGGAAGGAAUGCUUGGUUUUUAUAAAGGGUUUGGUGCUGUUAUAAUUCAGUACACACUGCACGCAGCUGUUUUACAGAUUACCAAAAUUAUUUACUCUACACUUCUUCAAAAUAGCAUUUGAAAUUUAGGUUCUAUCACUGGUUAGUAUAGAAGACAUAAUUUGGAUAAUUUGCUAUGAAAUUAUGAGGGAUAAAAGUGAAAUACUGGGGGGAAAAGUGGAUUGGAAAGUGAAACUGGUAGAAAAAGCCCAUGCUGAUUAUAUUGACUCUUCAUCAUUUUUUAACGCAUAGGUGUAUAUUUUGGAUCAAAACUAUUUCAAAUCUGAAAACUCAGUAAAAAUAACAUAUCAACUAAAUUCUAACUAGUGUAGCACUCUAUAUGCUGAAGAAAGAGUGAACCUGGGCAGAAGCAAAAAUUUAUCAUCAAAUAUAAAACAAAAUUUCAGAGAGUCGAAUCUAUUCCAUCUGACCUUAGUAUUUAUUACAUGGUUUUUUUUACCUUCUAGAUUGACAUUGGUAUAUUAUUCUUAAUACAGUGUAUAGCAUCAGGAGGUUUCAUCUCUAAGGAAAUAAAUUAUGUCAUCAUUGAAAAAGACUAAAAGGGUUAGAUUUGGCUAUCUGUAAACAGGAGUUGAAGGGUUUUAAAUUGCAUUGUCCUUAUAUUGUCCUUAUAUAACUAUUUUAAUGGCUAUAUAUAUGUGUGUUAUAUAAAGCCAUUUAUGUACACACAUGUAACUUGGAAUUCCUUCAUCCCUACAAAUUCUGUACUCUUAGAUAAGCUUAUUAAAUAAAAUGAAGUAGUGCACUUUCUGCUUGAACAUCAGAAUAAAACAUCAAAAGCCAACGUAACCCAAAAGAUUUAAGUCAAAUAUAGCAUACUUGUCCAUAUCCAAACCCAGUGUUUCAGUGCCAUCAACUUAAAACUUGUCAUAUGUGUAUAAAGUUUGGUUUGCUUAUCUAGUUUUGUGAAUUGUCAGGCUAUUUUUAGAACCACACUUAAGAGAGAAUAUAAAAUAAUCAUGGCAACUAUAACUGUUUUCACAUUUACAAAUUGGGUACUUAAAGGAACUUCACUUGCCUUUCAUAUCUGAAUGACUUGUCUUACAGGAGACAAAAUUAAAAUUUACCUGGGAAUUUGUGCCUCUUGUUUACCAUAUAGUCAUCAUUGAAUAAUGGCUCCCAUUUUUAUUUUCUUUCAGUUUUUGCUUAAAGUUUUAUUCUUCAAGCCAGAUAUACAUAAAGGGAAAAGCAAGUUGUCUUUAUCACUGUUUAUUUAAACUGUUUGGUUGAAUACUGAAGGAAAAAUACAGACCCUAAAGGAAAUUUGUUCUUGUGUUUUAUGGAUGAGGGGGGCAAAAUUAUAUUUCAGCAUAUAGCAAGCAAAAACAUUGUUUAUCAGUUUAAUAAAAAAAUUCUGUUUCUAAAUUUAAUUUGGUGGAUAGGCUCUAUAGUAAAAUGAUAUGCAUUUGACUGAUCCAUCAUUAAAUAUUUUAAAGCUUUA